AGACAGAGGCGCUCAGGACAGGGCGCUGACAGGCACCCGAAGGAGCCUCGCCUGAGCGUGCGCGCCCAGCGAGGAGGGGGGCUGUGCGACCGCGAGAGUCGGACAUGGAGGACCCCGGGAAGGAUGAGAGUAUUACUAUUGCUGCACAUCAAAGUCAAGGGAGGGGAAGCAUGAGGAAGAUGUACCAAUUUUGUCAUUCUAAAAACAUGGCCUAUGGAUCUCUGUCAUUUGGGGACGUGGCCAUCAGCUUCUCCCAAGAGGAGUGGGAGUGUCUGGACCCUGCUCAGAAGGCCUUGUACAGGGACGUGAUGUUGGAGACCUAUAGCAACCUGGUCUCCCUGGCAGAAAGUUCCAUUUCUAAGCCAGAUAUGAUUAUCUUCCUGGAGCAGGAGAAAGAGCCCUGGGUGGUUUUGAGGAGAGAAACAAGUGGAUGGUACCCAGAGUUGGAGUCAAAUUAUGGAGCUGAGAAGUUACCUUCAGAAAAUUAUACUUAUGAAAUAAAUUUUCCUAAACUGGGUAUAAAACAAAUAAGUAAAACUCUUGGCCUCAAGGCCUCCAAUUUUAGAGAUGACUCAGAUAGCAAAAAUAGAUUUAGGAAACAACAGGGACAUCAAGAGGGGUAUAUUGGUCAAAAGAUAAUAAGCUAUGAAAAAAUGCAUACUUCUCCUCAUCCUACUUCUGUUCACACUACAGAUAAGCCAUAUGAAUGUAAGGAGUGUGGAAAGUACUUUAGUCGUGGUUCAAAUCUUAUUCAGCAUCAGAGUAUUCAUACUGGUGAGAAACCAUACGGGUGUAAGGAAUGUGGAAAGGCUUUUCGACUUCACCUACAGCUUUCUCGACAUCAGAAAACUCAUACUGGUGAGAAACCCUUUGAAUGUAAGGAAUGUGGGACAGCCUUCCAGUAUCAGUGCCAGCUUAGUGAGCAUCAGCGAAUUCAUACAGGUGUGAAACCGUAUGAAUGUAAGGAAUGUGGGAAAUUGUUUUGUCGUGGUUCAAACCUUAUUCAACAUCAGAGCGUUCACACUGGAAAGAAACCUUUUGAAUGUAAAGAAUGUGGGAAGGCCUUUAGACUCCAUAUACAACUUAUUCGACAUCAGAAAUCUCAUACUGGUGAGAAGCCCUUUGAAUGUAAGAAAUGUGGAAAAGCCUUUACUCUUCUCACUCAGCUUAAUCGCCAUGAGAAUAUUCAUACAGGUGAGAAGCCAUUUGAGUGUAAGGAAUGUGGGAAGUCCUUUAAUCGUGUGUCAAACCUUGUUCAACAUCAGAGUAUUCAUGCUGGUGUGAAACCAUAUGAAUGUAAAGAGUGUGGAAAAGGCUUUAAUCGUGGUUCAAAUCUUAUUCAGCAUCAGAAAAUUCAUUCUAGUGAGAAACCCUUUGAAUGUAAGGAAUGUGGGAAGGCCUUUAGGUAUCAUUACCGACUUACUGAACAUCAUAGAAUGCAUACUGGUGAGAAACCCUUUGAAUGUAAGGAAUGUUGGAAGACCUUUAGUCUUCUGACACAGCUUACUCGACAUCAGAACAUUCAUACUGGUGAGAAACCAUUUAAAUGUAAGGAAUGUGGCAAGGCCUUUAAUCGUGGCUCAAGUCUUGUUCAACAUCAGAGUAUUCAUACUGGGGAGAAACCCUAUGGAUGUAAAGAAUGUGGAAAGGCUUUUAGACUUCAUCUACAACUUUCUCGACAUCAGAAAACACAUACUGGUGAGAAACUCUUUGAAUGUAAGGAAUGUGGGACAAGCUUCAGACGUCAAUACCAACUUAUUGAGCAUCAGCGAAUUCAUACAGGUGUGAAGCCCUAUGAAUGUAAGGAAUGUGGAAAGAGCUUUAGUCAUGGUACAGACCUUAGAGUACAUCAGAGAAUUCACACUGGUGAGAAACCCUUUGAAUGUAAGGAAUGUGGGAAGGCCUUUAGGUAUCAUUACCGACUUACUGAACAUCAUAGAAUGCAUACUGGUGAGAAACCCUUUGAAUGUAAGGAAUGUGGGAAGGCCUUUAGUAUUUUGACACAGCUUACUCGACAUCAGAACAUUCAUACUGGUGAGAAACCAUUUAAAUGUAAGGAAUGUGGCAAGGCCUUUAAUCGUAGCUCAAAUCUUGUUCAACAUCAGAGUAUUCAUACUGGGGAGAAACCCUAUGGAUGUAAAGAAUGUGGAAAGGCUUUUAGACUUCAUCUACAACUUUCUCGACAUCAGAAAACACAUACUGGUGAGAAACUCUUUGAAUGUAAGGAAUGUGGGACAAGCUUCAGACGUCAAUACCAACUUAUUGAGCAUCAGCGAAUUCAUACAGGUGUGAAGCUCUAUGAAUGUAAGGAAUGUGGAAAGAGCUUUAGUCGUGGUACAGACCUUAGAGUACAUUAGAGAAUUCACACUGGUGAGAAACCUUUUGAAUGUAAGGAAUGUGGGAAGGCCUUUCGACUUCAUUACCAAUUUCUUGAACAUACAGAAUCUAUACUGGUGAGAACCCCUAUGAAUGUAAGGAAUGUGGGAAAUGUUUUACUUGUGGUGGUGAACUUAGAGUACAUCAGAGGAUCCAUACUGGUCAGAAACCAUAUGAAUGUAAGGAGUGUGGGAAGGCAUUUAGUCGUAGCUCAAACCUUAUUCAACAUGUUUAAAUUCAUACUGGCGAGAAGCCCUAUGAAUGUAAGGAAUGUGAAAAGGCCUUUAGCAAUAAUUACGAACUUCCUGUACAUCAGAGAAUUCAUACUAGUGAGAAACUUUAUGAAUGUAAGGAAUGUGGGAAAACUUUCAAACUGCCCAUCAGAGAAUUCAUACAGGUAUGAAACCCUAUGAAUGUAAAGAGUGUGGAAAGACCUUUAGUUGUAGCUCGAACCUUAUUCAACAUGAGAGGAUUCAUACUGGUGAGAAACCUUAUGAAUGUAAGGAAUGUGGAAAGGCCUUUAGACUUAGGUCAGUUUUUAUUGCCCAUCAAAGAAUUCAUACAGGUCUGAAGCCCUAUGAAUGCAAAGAAUGUGGAAAAGCCUUUACUGUGAAUGGUCAGCUUACUUGACAUCAGAAUAUUCAUAAUCAUCAGAUGUCCCAUGAAUAUAAGGAAUGUGGGAAAACCUUCACUGGAUAUGAACAACCUACUCAACAUCAGAGAGUUCAUAGUGGCAAGAAGUCCUAUGAAUAUAAAAUGUGGGACAACCUUUCAUCAUGGACUGAGAUUCACUCAACAGCACAGUAUUCCUACUGGUGAAAAACUUUGAGUAGGAGAAAUGGGGAAAGAUUUACAGUCAAAGCAAACACCUUAGUGUUGAGAGGACAUUCUGGUGAGAAAGUCUUUGAAUUUAAAGAAAUACAGAGUAGCCUUCAUGUUCACAGUUUACUAAUCAUGAAAGAUAUUUUCCUAGGUAUUUUAAUUUCACACACUUAGAAAAGCCUUCAAACUCAAACUGGAGGAGAACUUGUUGGAACAAACGUAAGCUAACAUCUACCUGAGGCAGGUGCUUUAUCACCACUGCCAUUUCACUACCUGCAUGACAUUAGGUGCCUAUCCUCUUUGUGCAUUAUUUGUAAAUGGCAACAAUGGUGAGUGCAUACUAGUGCAAUUACGGGAAUAAUUGUAUUACAAUAUGUACAAAAUCCUUAGAAUACUUGGCACAUGCUUGUGUUCAUAAAGAACAGCUUUUAUGUUUCAUUAGCAUCAUUGUUGAUGACACAAAAAUUAUAUUAUUGUGUAUAAUUUAGAAAAAUCUCAUCUAUUCCUAAUUAUUAAGUUUUAAAUAAGUACUGUAUAAAAUUUUAUGGGAAGUAAAAGAAUAUGAGGAUUUUCAUUAAGAGUUCAUUCCUUAAGUUACAUCAAAAAGUUAAUAUUGAAAAAAAAGUUAAUUUUGAAAAGCAAUCCUAUGGAUUUAGGGAAUGAGGAGAUGUUGAAAAACCAGCUAUUGAAGAGUUAGUUUUUGAAGUGAUUUGUCUAUAAAAAUAAGAUGCAGAAAAUGUAUAAUUUAUUUCCCUGUCCAGAAUUUAAGAUAAAUAUUGUGAAACAUCAAAAUAAAAGCAUCCAUUUAUAUAUUCAA